GCUGAAGACGGAAAACUGUAGCGUUGGUUCUUGAACAUAAAACACAAUCUUGAUCAUUCUUGGGCGGGUGGAAUAAACAGUCGUUAUUUUGUUGACACUGUAAGCUGCUUUUUAAUAAUUUUGUAAAAAUUGGUUGUUGGUGUUUGAUACAAUUGUAGGGAUUAUUGUUUUCGUUCGAUAAUCAAUUUGUUUAUAUCGAUCAGCGGUGGUUCAUCCGGGGUUGUUGAAAUCAUCGGUCGAUCUGUAAACUAAAAACUGUCAGGCUAACACGUUACAUGGCAUGUGUAUGCCUUUUUAUUGGCCGUCUACAGAAGUUUGUUUUCAACCUAUAGCUAUUGUCAUAUCCGUGUUAAUGGGGAAGAGUAGAACAUACGUACGUAUAGGAUAUGCUACCUUUGGUAUGCUGGUUGGAUUUUCAGCUUUUUUGGUCUGGAACAUAACAUACAAACAGCCAUGGACAGCGGCAAUGGGCGGAUUGUCAGGAGUGCUGGCGCUCUGGGCCCUUGUCACCCACGUCAUGUACUUGCAGGACUUCUGGCACACAUGGCUGAAGGGACUCAAGUUCUUCAUCUUCGUUGGGGGUCUCUUCUCCAUACUGGCUGUGGUGGCCUUCACUACCUUCCUCACCCUCGCCAUCACACAGAAGCAAUGCCGGCCUACUCGCUCCCAGACUUCGAUAGGAAGUUUGACAUGAAGAAACGGACCUUCCCCAUAGGACAGAAAGUGAAGAAGUGCUUCAGGUGCUCUGGGUCUCGACUCAAGUCCCUGCUGUUCAGACACCUGCCUAUCCUAAGCUGGCUGCCCAAGUACAAGGUGAAGGAGAACCUCCUCUGUGAUGUUAUCAGUGGGGUCAGCGCAGGUACCAUUCAGGUUCCCCAAGGCAUGGCCUUUGCCCUGCUGGCUAAUCUACCUCCUGUCAAUGGCCUCCACUCCUCCUUCUUUCCUCUCAUCCCCUACUUCUUCAUGGGCACUGCUCACCAAAUGGUCCCAGGUACCUUUGCUGUGAUUAGUAUCAUGGUGGGCAUGGAGUGCCUGAAGCUGGCCCCUGAGUCUGACUUCAAUGCUACCAUUAACGCCACAGUGAUGAAUGAGGACAGGAUGAACGAGGUUCGACUGGGCAUCUCUGGGACGCUGGCCUGCCUUACUGCUAUCAUACAGAUGUGCCUGGGCUUGAUGCAGUUUGGCUUUGUGGCCAUCUACCUGUCCGAGUCCUUCGUCAGAGGGUUCAUGACAGCAGCUGGACUGCAGAUCCUGAUCUCUGUACUAAAGUACAUCUUUGGCAUCAAAGUGCCUUUCUACAGUGGACCACUAGCCACUAUCAAUACUCUUAAAGAUAUAGUUUAUGGCCUGCCUAACACCAACAUAGCCUCGCUGGUCUUUGCUCUGAUCAGCAGUGUGGUUAUUAUAACAGUGAAGGAGCUGGGUGCACGCUACCACCAGAAGCUACCCUUCCCCAUCCCCAUGGAGAUCAUCAUUGUGGUGGUGGCCACAGCCAUAUCGGGCCCCCUGGGCCUGCCUGAUAAGUAUCACAUCGACAUAGUGGGGAAGAUUCCCCUAGGAUUUCCUGCUCCGAUCCUCCCAACAGUGAGUCAGUGGGAAGGUAUGCUGAGCUCAGCCUUCUCCCUGGCUAUCGUGGGCUAUGUGGUCAACCUGGCUAUAGGCAAGACAAUGGCAGCAAAGCAUGGCUACAAUGUGGAUCCCAAUCAGGUUUCCAGUCUGUGUGUGAUGCUGGUGGUCAUGGUCACCAUGCUGGCCUUGGGGCAUUUCCUCAAACCACUACCAAAGUCUGUGCUGGGAGCCCUGAUAGCGAUCAACCUGAAGAACACUCUGCUGCAACUCUCUGACCCAUAUUACCUCUGGAAGAAGAGCAAACUGGACUGUUGUGUGUGGGUUGUCUCAUUUUUAGCCACCUUCUUCCUGAGUUUGCCUUAUGGAGUUGCCAUUGGAGUCAGCUUCUCCAUCCUCGUGGUUAUUUUUCAGACCCAGUUUCGAAAUGGUUUAGAGAUGGCUCAGAUCAUGGACACAGAUAUAUACAAAGAUCCCAAGGUCUACAGCAAGGUGAAAUGUAUAGAAGGGGUGAAAAUAAUGAACUACUGCUCCCCUCUCUAUUUUGCCAAUACAGAGAUAUUCCAACGAAAGGUCAUCAAAAAGACUGGAUUGGACCCAGGUAAACUUCUCCUGGCUAGGAAGAAGCUUCUGAAGAAACAGCAGAAGGAGUUAGACAGGCAAAACAAGGAAAACAAGAAGAGGAAGCCCAGCUCUCUGGUAACCAUGAGAUCUCAGACCUUAUCACAGCUAGAGCUUCAGAACGACUGUGACAUUGGUAACGGCAAUCCUUACCCGCCACCAUCACCCACCAGCUGUGUCAACUUCCACUGUAGUGAUAAUGAGCUGGGUGAGCAGUCUCGUGAUCCAGACCAGCCCAGUGCCUCCCCUGUCAUCCUGAACUCUCAGCCCAUCCCCUUCCACACCCUCAUCCUGGACCUGUCAGGGGUCUGCUUCAUAGACCUCAUGGGAAUCAAAGUACUCACCAAGAUGUACUCGAGCUAUGAGAUGUUGGGGAUCAAGCUAUACUUGGCCAAUGUUCAAGCACAGGUGUACGAGGAGCUGGAGGGGGGAGAGAUGUUUGAGGAGGGCAGUGUCCCCCGAUGUCACCUCUUCCUAACUGUCCAUGACGCCAUCCUCUGUGCCCUGCAGAGGUCGAGGAACACAGGAGGCUGUGAAAAGGGUUCCAUGGGGUUGCAGACAGAGCAAGACAAGAAGGAGCUGGUCCUCAAUUUUCAGGAGGAUGAGGAGAGGGACCUUGAGCAGGAAAUGUUUUGAACAUGGGAUUUGUACUGCUGAAUGUAUGAAGAAUGAAGAUAAAGGAGUAAUAGAUAUGGGUAGAUGUUGAAGUUAACUUUAGGUUGAUCAUAACAUUGAACAUUUUUCUUUGAUUUCUUUAAUUCUUUGAUUUCUUCAAUUCUGUCACGACUUCCGCCGAAGUCAGUCCCUCUCCUUGUUUUCGGCAGUCGACCAUCUAGCCAUCAUUGAUACAUUUUUCAUUUUCCAUUGGUUUUGUCUUGUCUUCCUUCACACCUGGUUCCAAUCCCAUCAAUUACAUGUUGUGUAUUUAACCCUCUGUUUCCCCUCAUGUCCUUGUCGGAGAUUGCUUGUUGUAUGUAGGUGUUUAUUGUUAAUUCUGUUGUGCGACGGGUUUUGCACCCUCUAUUUGUUAUUUUGUAUACUUUGGUUUUCUGAGGUUUUGAUGUUUAUUAAACAGCUCCGU